AUGGCGGCGGCGAGCAAGACAUUCCGCUUCCUUGACCUCCCACCUGAGUUGAGAGAUGCUAUUCUUUCUCACCUCCUCGUUUCAGACUUCCCCAUUAUACUUCAUAACACAACUCUCUUCGCCCCAUCGACAUCGGUCUCUGGUUCUGCAUAUUUCCUAGACGUAUUCCUUGUCAAUAUGCAGAUGUACCAAGAAGCAUCUGCCAUCUUCUACUCUCAAAACCGCUUCACCUUGAACGCGCAAAGUCACCGGCUACCCGUACAUCUCACUAGUCGGGGAGGAUUUCUCAGCGAAGAGGGACAGGAUGCUCGGAGACGAGUGCGCAACUUGACCCUUCACCUUACGAGGGUAGGUGGGGAGUUUGAGCGUGUCCUGGGACCUGCUCUCUCCGAUAUGGUUCUUAGUGGAAGCUUGCGAGAGCUUAGGCUACGUAUGGGGCCACCAAGUUGGCGUGGGGCAAAUAGAAUUCCUGACCCGGAUAUGGUACAACGGCCCCCUUUCCAAGCAUUGCUGAGACUUCUAGCCGACCCUUAUUUGGAAAAAGUCGAGUUAUUAGCCUGGAAAGUUCAUCUCACCGUCUUCUGCCCGUUUCACCGGAAGACAAGUUCAUCGAUCAAGACAGAUAUCAGAAUGGAUAUUAAAUCAGAUUCUGAAUCGAUCGAUGACCAAGGCCUAGCCAUUCUGAGGAACGGUCCUGAUUGGGUUUCACUAAAUUGGAGAGCUAUGGUCGAGAUGUAUGGUGCCGGUCAGAAGAUCAUGAGAGUUGGUGAACGAACCUAUUGA